GGGGCGGGGAGCGAGGCCGGCGGAGGGAUCGCGGAUCCGGCGCCCGGCGCGGCCGUAACGGCCCCUCGGUGUCCCGUCAUGGCGGGGGCCGGCGCCGGCAGCAGGGACAAGCGGGCCACGGCGGCGCGGCUGAAGGCGGCGCUGGGCGGCGAGACCGGCGCGGCGGCGGCGGCGGAACUGCGGGCGCUGCUGGAGCGGGUGCUGGCCCCGGCGGCGGGCCCGGGCGGCGGCGAGGCGGCGGGCGAGGCGUUGGAGUGGUGCCGCUGCCUGCUGUCGGGCGGGGAGCCCUGGGACAGCUUCGUGCAAGCCGUGCGGGCCUACGACCCGGCCACGCUGUGCGGCCUGGUAUGGACCGCCAACUUYGUGGCCUACCGGUGCCGGACGUGCGGGAUCUCGCCCUGCAUGAGCCUGUGCGCCGAGUGCUUCCACCAAGGCGAGCACGCCGGGCACGACUACAACAUGUUCCGGAGCCAGGCGGGGGGCGCUUGCGACUGCGGCGACAGCAACGUCAUGCGGGAGGCCGGGUUUUGUAAAAGACAUCGGAUUAAAUCAAAUUCCAAUGUUCCAUGUGUCCCGAAAGACUUGUUGAUGAUGUCAGAAUUAGUUCUUCCACAGUUCAUCUUUAGUCUGAUUCAGCACUUAAGAGAGGGAUACAAUGAGCCUGCKCUUGAUCUGCCGUCAGAGAAAGACCUUCAUAAAAUCCUCCAGGUUUUGGAGCCUCACGUUUCCUUUCUAGAAGACUUGACCAAAAUGGGAGGUGCAAUGAGAUCAGUUCUUACCCAGGUUUUAACUAGCCAACAGUUCUACAAAGAUCUUAGCUCUGGUGUUGGAGAGAAUGCAUGUGCAAAGAAAAGUCAYGAAAAGUACCUAAUUGCUUUGAAAGGCUCUGGACUGGCAUUUCCUGAAGAUAAAAUUGCGUGUGGUAUGCAGGARCAAGGAGCGGGAACAAGCACAUUGUCUGUUCAAGGUUUAGCAGGGGCUACGGCAACAUCAGGACAAGGAGAUUCUUCAGAUGAGGAGGACCAGGAUGGUGGCCAAGGUGUGGGAAAGCGCAAGAGGGUGAAACUAAGCAGCACCACCAAAGCUGUGACGUGUGUCAGAGAAAGCUGCACAUCAGCAACAGAUACGGUGUUGUGUCACUUGUCURCAUGCCUGGUGUUCUCACUCAGAAGCAUUUGCCAUGUACCUGCGUUUGUGCUCUCUGUUCUGCGGAAAGAGGACUUCAGUUUUGCAUGGUUACCAAGCUUUCAUUGGCAGUCAAAUCAGACAUGCAAUUUCAUAACAAGAGAUCAGUCUAUCAUGGAUGUUUUGAAGCAUAAAUGUUUUCUAGAAGAAUUAUUAUUUUGGACAAUAAAAUACGAGUUUCCACAGAAGAUGGUGACUUUCUUACUCAACAUGCUACCAGAUCAAGAUUAUAAGAUUGCUUUUACAAAAACAUUUGUUCAGCAUUAUGCUUUUAUUAUGAAAACACUGAAGAAAAGCCAUGAAUCAGACACAAUGUCUAAUAGAAUUGUACAUAUCAGUGUUCAGUUGUUCAGCAAUGAAGAACUAGCACGCCAAGUAACAGAAGAAUGCCAACUGCUGGAUAUUAUGGUCACUGUCCUGUUGUACAUGAUGGAAAGUUGCCUUAUAAAAAGUGAAUUGCAAGAUGAAGAGAAUAGUUUACAUGUUGUGGUGAAUUGUGGGGAAGCACUACUGAAGAAUAAUACUUACUGGCCGUUGGUUAGUGAUUUUAUAAACAUACUUUCACACCAAAGUGUGGCAAAGAAAUUUUUGGAAGAUCAUGGUCUUUUGGUAACAUGGAUGAAUUUUGUAUCAUUUUUUCAAGGUAUGAAUUUAAAUAAACGAGAAUUAAAUGAGCACGUGGAGUUUGAAUCGCAGACGUACUAUGCUGCCUUUGCUGCUGAGCUGGAAGCGUGUGCCCAGCCAAUGUGGGGUCUUCUGUCACACUGCAAAGUUAGGGAAACACAAGAAUACACACGCAACGUUGUCAGAUACUGCCUCGAAGCGCUUCAGGACUGGUUUGAUGCUAUCAACUUUGUAGAUGAGCCAGCGCCUAACCAAGUUACUUUUCAUUUGCCACUGCACCGAUACUUUGCCAUGUUUUUAAGUAAGGCUGUUAAAUGCCAAGAACUAGAUCUGGAUACUAUCUUGCCAGAUCAGGAGAUGCUGAUGAAACUAAUGAUUCACCCACUUCAGAUUCAGGCAAGUCUUUCUGAAAUUCACAGCAAUAUGUGGGUUAGAAAUGGUCUACAAAUUAAAGGCCAGGCUAUGACUUACGUGCAGUCUCAUUUCUGCAAUUCAAUGAUUGAUCCUGACAUUUAUCUGCUGCAAGUCUGUGCCUCUAGGCUAGACCCAGAUUAUUUUAUUUCAUCUGUUUUUGAAAGAUUUAAGGUGGUGGAUCUGUUAACGAUGGCAUCACAGCAUCAAAAUACUGUUCUUGACUCAGAGCACGAAAGGUCCAUGCUGGAAGGAGCCUUAACCUUUUUGGUCCUUUUGUUGAGUCUUCGUUUACAUUUAGGCAUGACAGAUGAUGAGAUCCUCAGAGCGGAGAUGGUAGCCCAACUCUGUAUGAAUGACAGGACACACAGUUCAUUAUUGGAUCUCAUUCCAGAAAACCCCAAUCCUAAAAGUGGUAUUAUUCCAGGGAGCUUAAGCUUUGAAUCAGUCCURUCAUCAGUUGCUGACUUUAAAGCCCCUGUUUUUGAACCUGGAGGUUCCAUGCAGCAAGGGAUGUAUACACCUAAAGCUGAAGUUUGGGAUAAGGAAUUUGACCCUGUCAUGGUGAUACUUCGAACAGUUUACCGUAGAGAUGURCAGUCUGCAAUGGACAGAUACACAGCAUUUUUAAAGCAAAGUGGCAAAUUCCCUGGAAACCCGUGGCCUCCUUACAAGAAGAGAACACCACUACACCCAAGUUACAGAGGUCUCAUAAAGCUUUUGCACUGUAAAACCCUGCACAUYGUGCUUUUCACACUUCUUUACAAGAUAUUGAUGGAUCAUCAGAAUUUAUCAGAGCAUGUGCUUUGCAUGGUUUUAUAUUUGAUUGAGCUGGGGCUGGAAAAUUCUCCUGAACAAGAAUCAGAUGAAGAGGAAUCUGCAGGUGGACAAGAGCGCUGCCAUGAUAGUUGGUUUCCAGGUAGUAACUUGGUUUCUAACAUGCGUCACUUCAUUAACUACGUCCGAGUAAGAGUACCAGAAACUGCUCCUGAGGUGAAGAGAGAACCACCUGCAAGUACAAGUUCUGACGGUUUAGCUUCAUCACAAAACUCAGGGACAGCUCAAGUGUUCAGUUUGGUCGCRGAACGCAGAAAGAAAUUUCAGGAGAUCAUCAAUCGGAACACCAGCGAGGCAAAUCAGGUGGUUCGGCCCAAAACGUCGAUGAAAUGGUCGGCACCCGGUGCAACUCCACAGUUAACCACAGCCAUUCUAGAAGUCAAGGAAAGCAUACUGUCUUUGCUGAUUAAAUUGCAUCACAAACUCUCAGGAAAACAAAACUCUUAUUAUCCCCCGUGGCUGGAUGAUGUGGAUCUUUUAAUCCACCCAGAAAUUCCAAGAUACUCUCACGGAGAUGGAAUGACAGCAGUAGAAAGAAUUUUACUGAAAGCUGCUAUACAGAGCAGAUUGAACAAACGUAUAAUUGAAGAGAUAUGCAGGAAGGUGACACCUCCUGUACCGCCAAAAAAGAUUAGUUCUGCAGAGAAGAAAACUUUGGAUAAAGAAGAAAGACGACAGAAGGCUAGAGAAAGGCAACAGAAAUUGUUGGCUGAAUUUGCCUCAAGGCAGAAAAGCUUCAUGGAAACUGCCAUGGAUGUUGAAUCGCCAGAUGCUGAUAUUGCCAUGGAAGUAGCUUCAUCUGAACAGCAUGUUUCUGAGGCAAUAUAUGAUUGUGUUAUUUGUGGACAAAGUGGUCCUUCUACUGAAGACAGACCUACAGGGCUAGUUGUACUAUUACAGGCUUCCUCAGUGUUGGGGCAAUGCCGCAACAGCACUGAGCCAAAGAGGCUCCCAACUACUGAGGAGGAGCAGAUCUAUCCCUGGGAUACCUGUGCUGCACUGCAYGAUGUCAGACUGACAACUCUACAGCGAUACUUUAAAGAUAGUUCCUGCUUGCAAGCAGUAUCAAUAGGCUGGGAAGGAGGUGUUUAUGUACAAACUUGUGGUCACACUUUACACAUAGAUUGUCACAAAUCUUACAUGGAAUCCUUGCGGAAUGACCAAGUUCUCCAGGGUUUUUCAGUGGACAAAGGAGAAUUUACCUGUCCCUUGUGUAGGCAGUUUGCUAACAGUGUUCUUCCUUGCUACCCUGGAAACAACGUGGAAAGAAACGUUUGGCAAAGUCACAGUAACAAGUCAAUGCAAGARCUUGUACAAGAGGUGGAAGAUCUUCAAGAACAGCUGGGAACUUUCCCAGUAAGCAUCAGUUCUGAAACCAACCUCAGUAAAGAAAUGGAAUCUGUAAUGAAAGAUAUAAAAAGUACCACACAGAAGAAGUAUACAGAUUAUAGUAAGACUCCUGGAUCACCUGACAAUGAUUUCCUGUUCAUGUAUUCUGUAGCCAGAACAAACUUGGAACUUGAGCUGGUUCACCGAGGAGGAAAUUUGUGUUCAGGAGGUGCAAGCACAGCUGGGAAAAGAUCAUGUUUAAAUCAGCUGUUUCACGUGUUGGCCAUGCACAUGCGCCUCUACAGUAUAGACUCUGCAUACAAUCCCUGGAGAAAACUAACCCAGCCGUUGCAGGAUAAAAAUUCAGAGCUGGUAAGUGAAGAGCUGCCAGAAGUUCCUGUGCUUUACAGAGAUGUCUCAUCCCUUUUGCUUAUCCAGAUUUUAACCAUGCCUCAACCAUUGCACAGAGAACACUUUACCUGCAUUAUAAAAGUGCUGUUCACUUUAUUGUAUACUCAAGCCUUGGCAGCUCUUUCUGUUAAAUGCAGUGCUGAAGAUAGGAUGGCAUGGAAAGAGUCAGGAGCUCUCAAAAAGAAUACAUCCAGUGGAGAAAAAUCUUGGGAAGUAUUGCUGGGUCACGUGAUUAGUGAACUGUCUAAGGGGAAGAUAUAUGAAGAAGGAGAAACUGAAGAAUUAGCAGUGGUAAAUCCAGAUUCUGUAGAGUGCUAUCUGCAGCAGUUCUGCCUGCCUUUCCUCAGGAUCACAAGCCUUCUUCAACACCAUCUUUUUGGAGGGGAUUUACCUAGUUGUCAGGAAGAUGAAGAAUUCACCGUUCUUGCAAGCUGCCUGGGUCUAUUACCAUCUUUUCAGUCAGCUCAUCAGUUCACCAGUGCCUCUUGUCUUGAUUGGCCAGUGCCAGCAUUUGACAUGAUAUCACAGUGGUGCUCAGAACUGGCUUCAUUUGCGGAUAGACAUCCAGAUCAAGUAAAGGCUUUGCUUAUCCAGGAACCUAAAUGGGACUUGCCACGCCUCCUUCAGUUGCCUGAGAAUUAUAAUACCAUUUUUCAGUAUUAUCACAGAAAAACUUGUUCUGUGUGUACCAAGGUUCCUAAAGAUCCUGCUGUUUGCUUAGUUUGUGGUACUUUUGUAUGCUUGAAAGGACUGUGCUGUAAACAACAGAGUUACUGUGAAUGUGUACUGCAUUCUCAAAACUGUGGAGCUGGAACAGGAAUAUUCCUUUUGAUUAAUGCAUCUGUAAUUAUCAUCAUACGAGGCCAUCGUUUCUGCCUUUGGGGUUCUGUUUAUCUCGAUGCACAUGGUGAAGAAGACAGAGAUCUUAGGCGUGGUAAACCCCUAUACAUAUGCAAGGAAAGAUACAAAGUGCUUGAACAACAAUGGGUGUCCCAUACUUUUGAUCAUAUCAAUAAAAGAUGGGGGCCACAUUAUAAUGGCUUGUAAAUCAUCACCAUMAUCAUCACCAUCAUCAGCAAUCACCAUCAUCAUCACCAUCAUCAUCCUCACACCAUAUAACUGCUGUUAUCAUGAAUGAAUGCAUCCUGACUGACAAUAGCUUUAAUUGAAUGGGAGUGUAACUCCUUGGCUCGAGGUGAAAUCGGGUACGGGCAUAAAAGGGAAAUGGAACUUUGUCAACAUGUGAAAUCUGUGCAAAAUGAGCUGUUGUUGCUACUAAAGAAUGAUACAAUAAUUGAAAUUAAAUCCUCAAAAUGGUGUGAGCAAUCUGAAUGCACUCUGUAGUCUAUUUUUCUUGUGKUUUUUUUUUUAAGCCCAUUAUUGUUAAGAAGCACAAAUUUUACUUGGAGUUGUUAAGAGGCUCCAGGGAUAGCCGUCUGGUUUUUAUUUUUCUUUGCAUGGAGUUGAGUUUUUAGCAGUUUUUGCUGAAACAGUGUAUAUGUCAACUACACCUGCUCAGUACAUUGGAUAAAAUUUCAUUGCCUUUUUUGUGUUGGCUUGAGGUUUACUUGGUAGGCAUUUGUAAUUAGACAGGUCUGUAAAACAAUUGUGAGACUGCAUGGUUAAUAAUUGGUCUGAAAGUUGAAUUUUAAAGAGUAUUUCACGUAUAAAAGGUCUAUUGAAAUAUUUCAGGCAUUACUGAAAACUUACGCAUUCUCAGGAACUUUUUUUUUCUGCAGAAAUUAGUGAAAUAUCUGUAAAUUAGGGUAUCUUACCGCUCUUCAUGUAAUCCAGGACACACAUUCUGUCUUCAUUUUUUUCCCAGGAAGGAGCUUUUCUUUUUUUCAUAUCAAUUGAAUAAAUUGGUAGUGAUAACAUGCAGAAAUUGUUGUAUAUAGAGAAUUUGUAUGGUGCCCAACAUAGCAGAUCCCAGUUACAAGCAUAACAACCCUAAGCCUGCCAUCAUUCCAAACCAGAUGUAUGUUUCAGAAUGAUUGAAUUGGGAGUGUGCAGGCUAUUCUAAAAACAAAACAUAAUUUUGUAUCUUUACUAUCAUUUCAAGAGGUUCCUCAAUAUUGUAUUUGUUUAAAGUAAUCACUCUUCUUUCUCCUUGGUUUCCUAAAAAGGAAAAACAAAAAAAAGAAAAUUCAACAGAGGUAGCCUAGAUGAACUACUAAUGCAUGUGCAGCUGCACUGGAUGAAUGCCAAAACAGUUUAUGCUUAGAGGACUAAAAAAUUCAUGAGAACAGGCAUAACUGGGCUAAAACCCAUAGUGUAAGUAUAUAGGAAAGAUUGUAGUCAAAAUAUUGGUAUGUAAUAUAUUGCUACUAUUGUUUUUCACAAGCGUUGGACAUUUGUUGGCUAUUUCCUACAGUUCUACCAAGCAGUUCCUGGUAGUUUUGAUUUUCAUAGCUUGAGUGUAAAAUAAAAUUUAUAUGUGUAAAAUAAAAAUAUCUUAUGAUAAAACUACAUAUACAAAGAAACCAAUUCCCCAGUGGAAAUCAUUAUCUAGUGAAAAGUGUAUAGGGGAAAUAAAAUGACUGUAUAGCAAUCAAGAACAGACUGAAGGAAAAGUAAGUAAAUACGAGUUUUUCUGGAUACCUGCAAUUCGAAAAACCCUACAAUAAAGUAUACUGGUUUUUAUACAUAUAAAUAUAUAUAUAUUUCAAAGGUGUUACAGUACUUCCUGUAAGAUUAGAAUUACUCUGUUUCACUGACUAAAUGGCUGUGUCUUUUCCAAAAUAUUACUUUUUUGAUACUGUAUUAUAAGUUCUGCCUGUGAUAUUUUUGCAUUGCUCAUUAAGAAUAUCAGGCCAUUUUGUAAGUGUGGUUAAAGAGCAAAAAGAAUCUUUACAUUGCCAGCAUAAMAUUGUUACAGGGCUCAUGAAUUUGAGUGAUCUGUAGUUUGAAGCUCCAAUGCUAUAUAUACAAGAGAUAAUGUCUCCAGAAUUUGAUUACUGUAUUUUAUUUAAAACAGAAUGUUCUCUGAUUGUGCAUAUGGAUGUGAAGUAAAACUAUUAGCCUUAACUUUAACAUUUGGGUAUUUCAUAGUGUGUAUUAUAGUACUGGUGAAUUAGUCGCCAGUUGAUUUAAAAACAACAAAAAAUUACUUGGUUAAAAAAUUGUACUUGAAUAUCCUUGCAUGCUGCUAAACAAGAAUUUUUAUUUCCCCCAUAACUUUUUAAAUCCUACUUUAUUAAGCUAACCUUGAAAAAUAACAGGUCCAAACUAGAGUGGUGUGUGUGUGUAUUACUCAAGUGUUCUGGUGUGAUAUCCUGUAUGAAUGAUCAUUUAAGUACAGUACAUUACUGUAGACUCUAAAUCAAUCUUUAUAACACAUCAGAAGAAUACAAAACUAGAAAUACAGUAAUUGGCAUUGUAAGAUAUGUUAAUAAAAGUCUACUGUCAA